AUGGCUACCAACAGCCUCAAGCGCAAGGCGUCGGGCGCCGCAAAGUCGCAGUCCUCGCGUAACAAGGCUUCCUCCUCGAGCGACGUCGAGAACCGACCCAUAGCUUCAUCCGCAGAAGGCCCAAGCAACGCAAAAAGCAAUGAGUCGGUGAAAGCUGAUGCAACCCCGACCAAGACCACGUCACGAGCUUCGUCCUCGCCUUCGGCCCCAGCAGCAAAGAAAGCCAAGCUCAGCAGCAGCACACCCACCACUCCCUUUGUCGAACUCAAAAAUGGCAAACUCGUUCUCAAGCAGAAGGCUGUCAACUGGACCGGCACCAUGCCUGUCCUCAAGGCCGUCAUCACUUUCCAAGAGUUCCUCGACGUUCAGGACAAGUUCGACGAGAUCCCUGCCGAGCAUCUCCACGUCGUUGCUAAACUCGUGCAGGAGAGCGACAAGUCUCUGGUCGAACUCGCAAAGUCCAUCCGCAGCAGGCUCAUGCCCGAAGCCGAGCUUGGCUCGAGCGACUCCGAAGCUUCCGCGGCUUCGAGUUCCAAGAGCAAAUUAUCACUACCUUGCAUUCAGGCCGCCAUCAAUGCGGUCGCAGAGAGGAAAAAUUACGGCAUUGACAGCAGCGCGGUUCCUGGUCAUUCCCUCACGACCACUGCCGAUGACGCUCCUGCUGUUCCGGCUGCUCUCCAGCUGUGGCGAUGGGAAGUGACCGACCAGUCCAUGCUACCAGCCGAGUUCCUCGACAAGCUCUCCGAGCGCCGUAGCGACCGCGAAGCAGCUCGCGCACAGGCACAGCAACUCUUCAACAACCUCAAGCAAGAAGAGAGACAAGCCUUGCUCGACAAAUACACAAAGUCCAAGAUCUCGGCUACCGUGGCUGUCGACAAGCUCGCUUCCUCUUCCACGCCGUCCAAGGCUAAGUCCAACGCAGCUGGAUGCAGUUCCUCGCAGCCGAUCGCUAUCGACGACGAUCUCGACGACGGCUCUGUCGCCGACACCGAGCAUGACAAGCCCGCCCCCUCGACACCGAUCGCAUCGCACAAACGCAAGUCAUCGUCUUCAUCCAUCUCCACACCUCUGCCCAGUGCCAAGCGCUCUGCCGCCGCAGCUGAUGCGUCCACCCCCUCCAGCUCCUCCUCGCCCAAGGACAAGCGCAAAGCCAAGGAGCUUGUAGAGCUCUCGCCAGAAAAACAAAAGGAGAAGGUUGAAAAAGAGGCCGCCAAGGCUGAGCGCCUGAAGGCCAAGGAGGCUAAGCGACUCGAGCGCGAGGCCAAGGAGUUGGAGAAGCAGAAGGCCAAGGAGGCCAAGGAGGCUGAACAGAAGAGAGCCGAAGAAAAGAAGAAGCGUCAGGCCAAUUUCUUCACUUCUUUCGUCAAGAAGGCCGCGCCCAAGAGCCCGACCAAAUCGAGCGUCGGUGCUGCCGUGGCUUCGAGUAGCAGUGCCGCUGGAAAGGAUGCUGAAGGGGUUUCGGACUUUCACCGCACUUUCCUGCCCUGCCAGUACAAGGACCUCGCGCCGAUCAACCGCUUUGCGUCCUCUGCUGGUGCUGCCGCCGAAGCCGCCGCCGCCAAAGAACCGCAGAUGGGCCAAGAGGAUCUGACGCGCGAAGAGAUGCUUUCACAAUUCCUCACACGCUCUUCUGUGCUGAAACGGUCGAAAGCCGCGGACGCGCCUCGCCGACGCAAAGGCGUGCACCCACCGGUGUCGGUGCGCGAGAUCAAGCGCAUUGUGACCGAAUCAGACGUCCUCGGUGGCAACGCACAGGAGCAAGCCGAAAAGGCGCUCGACGCACUGCAGGACCGCAACAAGGUGCAGCUCAAGCUGCUGCAGUUCGAGUCGGACCGCCGACCAGGUUGGUACGGCACGUGGACCAAGUCGACCAACCUCAUCGGGCCUCGCUGUCCAUUGGGGCAGGAUCCGGUCUCUUUGGAUUACUCGUACGACUCGGACGCCGACUGGGAGGAGAUGGGCCAGGUCGAGGGCGAAGAUGUGCAGGAUGGCGAGGAGAAGGAAGACGACAGUGUCGCGGAUGAGGAUGAGGAUUCCGAGAUGGAUGAUUGGCUGGUGGAUGAUUUGGAGGUAGAAGAGGAGGAGGAACAGCAGAGGUUGGCUGCGAUGGAGGUGGAUGACGACGACGACGAGGUGGUCGAGGUGAAUGCGAAGGGUCUGCCGGUGCCGCCGCCUGCGCCCUCGCUUGCGGGGACGACCAAUCUGCUGCAUCCGAAGAAGAAGAAGAAGGUCAAGCUGUUGGGUCGACGCUUCGAUGCCAAGCUCGUGCCAUUUUCCACGGGCCCGCACUGGGAGGCCGAGUUUGGCAAGUGCGACUACGAGCUGUUCUCGGCCUAUCGCAUCGAGCUGCUCAACGACGCGUGUUUCGGCCUGAACCCGUUCACGUUCACCUCGUCUGCCGAGGCCGUCGAGAUCUGCACUGCUGCGGCCACCGAUGACGCGCUCGCCGCGGGCGCCGUCGUCGAUACCCCGACCAAAGUGCGCAAAGCCGCGCUGCCCGCCGGCGGCGUGCUCGCCGCACUGUGGGGCGACGCCAACGCGUCAACCCCCGCCGCUGCGUCCCUCGACACCUCGACCGCCACCCCUGCAGCCAAAGAAGUGACGUCAUUCAAGCAUCAGUUGAGGGAGGACGCCAUGCCCGCGCUGCUGAGCGCCAUCGACGGCAGCACAAAGACGCGUGCCGGGCUGGUGGACGACCUCAAGGAGGUGCUCGAUCGGCUGGGCAAGCCGGCGAGCAAGAAUGCGAUCGCCGAGCGCGUCACCGCGUGUGCGAGGAAGGAGAAGAAGCCGAAUGCGCCGUGGGUCGUCAAGGACGAGUGGAGGGGGUUGAUGGGGUGA